AUGCACGUUACGUCGGAGCUCCCCCACAGCAUCCAGCUGUCAGUCAAAUCCAGGAACCGCGGCCAUAGGGUUGACCGAACUACGCCCAAGAUGGCGGCUUCUAUGACGGGGGAGCAGAUACAAGCCUUUGCCUACCAACUUGAGCCCCUUGCCCCCAAGGGCCUGGCGCCUGCCGUCGAGUUUGUCGCCAUCAUCUUGGGCAUUAUCAGCGUCAUCGUCGUGUCACUCCGAAUCUACGUUCGUGCCGGUUUAUCAGGUGCUUCAUCACGACUCUGGGGCGUUGAAGAUUAUUUGGCAGUAAUAGGAACUCUUCCAUUUAUACCAGCAGUCGUUUUCGCAGUUCUUGCAUCACGCUUUGGCGUAGGAUUCCACGAUGCCGACCUCCCAUCACAACUUUACUUGAUUCGCGCCUCCGAGUAUCAGACCUACUGGGAAGUACUAUACUUCAUCUCGUCAACUAUUAUUAAGGGAUCAUGCCAAAAGAAGAUCAGCUUGCAGACUGUCAGCUACAUCGUCUCUGCGAUUCAGAUGUUGACGGAUUGGACAUGCGCCAUUGUUCCCUUCUUUAUUGUGGCCGGCCUGCAAAUGUCUCGCCGUAAGAAAGUUUCAGUCAUAGCUAUUCUCGGCCUCGGAAUUUUCGCCAGUAUUGCUACCUGCAUCCGCAUGCCCUACCUCAAGUAUUACGACACUGCGAAAUAUCCCACGGAGAUCGCCUAUCACCUAGGAGUCAUCAGCAUUACUUCCAACCUCGAGUGCAGUUUGGGAAUAAUUGGAUCGUCGCUUCCUCCCCUGCGAAAACUAUUCAAAUUUUACUAUGGCUCCUCUCACGACGGGAAUUACAAAAUCACAGGCGAGAGCGGAGACGCCCUUGGAAGUGCUGGCCCAGGCAUCAAGCUUGGCUCGCUCAGUGGCAACGACAGAACGUAUCAUGCAUCAGCCAAACGGGGCACCUCGCGUGCGGGUGCCAGAGAGCAUGAGACCGACGACGAUGACUCUUCAAGUCGGAAAGGGAUCAUACGAAAGACCGAUAUCCAUGUCAGCACAUCAACAUUCCAUGUAUAG